UUUUUCCCGCCACUAGUCAUUAUUGUCACCACCACCUUCAGAUGCUCCUUCAAACCACAAGAAAAACAAAGAGACCCUCUCUUUCCCAUCAAAUAUUAAGUUCAUCUCUUCUCAACAACACAGCCUUCUUUGAUUCUUCAUCAACAAUUCAAUACAAUAUUCAAUCCCCAUAUCACUCAAUUGCAUCAACCAAACACACUACACUUACUUCUUCUCCUAAACUACGCGCCAACCCAACCAAAUAUUACGCCUCUGUCCUCCAAUCUUGUAUCGCUCGGAAAGCUGUUGAGCCCGGUAGACAGCUUCAUGCUCAUCUCUGCCUCACUGGCCUCGGAUACAGUCUCAAUUUGGCCACCAAACUCGUCAAUUUAUAUUGUGUGUGUGAUUUUGUAUCCAAUGCCCACCUUCUGUUUGAUAGGAUUCCCAAAGACAAUAUCUUUCUUUGGAAUGUUUUGAUUCGUGGUUAUGCGUGGAAUGGGCCUUAUGAGGCUGCAGUUUCUCUUUACUAUCAGAUGAUUGAUUAUGGUCAUGUACCCGAUAAUUUUACGUUUCCAUUUGUCCUCAAGGCAUGUUCGGCCCUCUCUGCGAUUGACAUGGGAAGGGACAUUCAUGAGCAAGUGAUAAGGACUGGGUGGGAAAGAGAUGUCUUUGUUGGAGCUGCAUUGAUUGAUAUGUAUGCAAAGUGUGGUUGUGUUGGUAAUUCUCGUCAAGUGUUCGAUAAGAUAAUAGAUAGAGAUGUUGUGUUAUGGAAUUCUAUGCUUGCUGCUUAUUCCCAAAAUGGGAACCCAGAGGAAUGCUUAUCUCUUUGUGGUGAGAUGGUGUACGCUGGUUUAAGACCGACUGAAGCCACUCUUGUCACUGCCAUUUCAGCUUCUGCUGAUAUUGCCGCUCUUCCGCCCGGAAGGGAGCUUCAUGGCUUCAGUUGGAGACAAGGGUUUCAAAGUCAAGAUAAGGUGAAAACUGCCUUGGUUGAUAUGUAUGCCAAGAGUGGUUCUGUAAAUGUGGCAAGGAAUUUGUUUGAGCGGCUUGUGGAGAAAAGAGUUGUUUCUUGGAAUGCUAUGAUCACUGGAUACGCAAUGCAUGGUCAUGCUAUGGAAGCACUCAGUUUAUUUGAAAGGAUGAUUGGAGAAGCAUCGCCUGAUCAUAUAACCUUUGUUGGUGUUCUAUCAGCUUGCAACCAUGGGGGUUUGUUGGAUGCGGGACGAAAAUUCUUCGUAAAAAUGACAAGAGAUUACCAUAUAGAACCAACUGUUCAACAUUAUACAUGUAUGGUUGAUCUCCUUGGCCAUUGUAAACGAUUGGAUGAUGCCUAUAAUCUCAUAAUGCAGAUGAAUGUGGUGCCGGAUUCUGGUGUCUGGGGUGCUUUGCUGAACUCCUGCAAAAUCCAUGGAAAUGUAGAGUUGGGGGAGCUGGCAUUAGAUAGGCUGAUUGAACUUGAACCUGAUGAUGCAGGCAAUUAUGUGAUUUUAUCAAACAUUUAUGCUCAAGCAGGGAAGUGGGAAGGAGUGGCAAAGCUUAGAAAACUAAUGACAGAAAAGGGGCUAAAGAAAAGCAUUGCUUGUAGUUGGAUUGAAGUGAAAAACAACGUCCAUGCAUUUCUUUCUGGAGAUACUUCUCAUCCUAUGUCUGAUGAGAUAUAUGCAGAGUUAGAAAAGGUGGGAGGGUUAAUGGCCGAGGCAGGCUAUGUCCCUAAUACUGCGCCUGUUUUCCAUGAUGUGGAGGAUGAUGAGAAGACUCGAAUGGUUCGUGGCCACAGCGAAAGGCUAGCAAUUGCAUUUGGACUUAUAAGUACACCCCCAGGGACCAAGCUUUUGAUAACUAAGAACCUGCGUGUCUGUGAGGACUGCCAUGUUGCAAUCAAGUUCAUCUCAAAAAUUACACAACGGCAAAUUGUAAUCAGAGAUGUCAAUCGCUACCAUCGUUUUGAAGAUGGUGUGUGUUCUUGUGGUGAUUAUUGGUGA